AUGAAAAUAUUAACUUUAUAUUUAAAAAUUACUACAUUCCUUCUUUUAAUUUGGAUGUUUCAAUGUUUUUAUAACUGUUAUUCUUAUAAAACUUUGAUUGAUAAAAAUAUAUCUCAAACAAAAAAUGAGUUAAAAUAUGAAAGAGUAUUAACAGAGGGUGACAUAGCAGAUGAGAAGCAAAAUUACGCUGAAGGAAGCCUAGAGGAAUGUGCAUUAGAUAGUAAAAAAAACAAAUGUAAUGUUCCAGAUCUAUGCGAAAAUCCGCGCGAUUAUUGGAAUAAAGUCAUUACUCCACAAUUGUGGGAGCAAUUUAAUCAGGAAACAAGUGGAAUGGACCCUAAAUUGAAAGAAGAUAAAUGGAAUAUUGAAUGGAAUAAAAUUUCAGCUAAGAAAGUUAAUGAUCUAUCUUCAAUAUUUAAUCGAACUGAUAUUUCGAAAGAAGAAAAAAAAAACUUAAUUUUUAGUGUUAUGAAUGAACUCAGCUCAGAAUUUGUGAAAUUUUUAUACGAAUGUAAGAAAGAGAUGAGAGACAAUAAAACAGGAUCCGAAUCUAAGAAGGAGAUAAGAGAAAACAAAACAGAAUCCGAAUCUAAGAAUGUGCAGGGAAAAAAAAAAAUGAAAAAUAAUAAAUCAAAAAUUUUUGAAUUUCUUUUUAAGAGGUUUGAUAACCAUUAA